AUGGGGAAAUCUCCUUCCUUUGUUUUACUGAUCUUCUCUAUCAAUUGCUUUAUAUCCUCCUUAGCUUGGAUUAGCACAAGCGCCACUGCUGAUAAAUCUGCACUUCUUGGCCUUGAAUCUCUUAUCUCUUCAGAUCCAUAUGAUUCCUUAUCUACUUGGUCUCUCUCUUCUUCUCCAUGCAAUUGGGUUGGUGUCACUUGCAAUACCAACCAUGGAAGGGUCCGUUCCUUGAAUCUUGGUGGCAUGGAUCUUCAAGGCACCAUAUCUCUGCAAUUGGGAAAUCUCUCAUUUUUAGUUGAACUUGAUCUUAGAAGCAACAAUUUUUAUGGUCAAAUACCAAGAGAGUUAGUUCAAUUGCAUAGAUUGAAACUAUUGAACUUUAGCUGCAAUGACUUUCAUGGACAAGUUCCAUCAUGGAUAGGAGAUUUAUCUACAUUGGAGCACUUGGAUCUUCGAAAUAAUAGUUUUGAUGGAUUAAUUCUACUAUCUCUAUUCAAUCUAUCAAGGAUGGAGACAUUAGAUUGGAAUUUUAAUUUAAUUGAAGGACCCGUCCCUAAUGAGCUUUCAAGCUCUAUGCUAACCUCUCUAUUUAAUAGUUCAGUUCGACAGUACAUUGAACUUGCUAACAAUAAUUUGCAAGGUUUUAUACCAAAGGAAAUAGGAAAUCUUGUUAAACCUGAAGUCUUAGAUUUGAGAUCAAAUCACUUGAGUGGAUCAAUUACUUUCAAUGGGACGUCGCUGGCAUAUGUUCUCCUUGAAGACAACUUUACAGCAUAUUUACAGGAUAAUCAAAUCUUGACUAAUCCUAACACUCCCCCUCAAGUUGGAGCGUGUAGGUUGGUAACGCCCAACUUGCACAUUAAAGUUCUCAGUUUUUCUCUUCCGAGUGCCUUUGUGAAUACGUCAGCCAAUUGA